UUGUCCCAUAAGGCAUUUCGGGUCAACUCACGUGGAAACAUGGCUGUGUUCAUUGAUUUGAAUAUUAGCUACACAACCGACAAUAAACGACUUCAGAGUCUUAUUGAAACAGCAGCUCAUCUUGGAUACUCCACAGUUGCCAUCAAUUAUGUGGUUGAUUUGGAACAAAAUAAGCAGGAAAUUGGCAAACCGAAGUGUGUCUCCGAGCUGUUUGAAACAUUUCCCAUAGUGCAGGGUAAAUCCAGACCAAUCAAGGUGUUGAACCGACUGACAGUUGUGGCCUCAAGGGCAGCACACUUUGUAAGUCCAAUACACAGUAGAAGUUUGAGCAUUUUGCGAUCUCAACCAACUGUCGAGCUGUCCACUUACAUGGAGGUACAUAUACUGCCAUUUACACAUUGCUGGAGCAGUUGGGGCCUACUAAAGACUGCCUUGGGGAUAGUACACUCUAUGAAGAAUGAGCAGCCGUUGACUGAGAGACAGGAGAAAGAGGAUGUUCCAGUGUCAAAGAGGGCUAAGAUUGAGAUGGCGCAGUAGAAUGUAAUAACUUGUUUGAAUUGUAAUACUUUUUUCUUUAUGGAAGAAUGUGUUUAUGUAAAUGUACUUUUAUGAAUAUCCUUAUUUGUGGAAAUGUGACCGUUUUCUACUAACUGCUCAGUGGUCGUAUAGUUUGUCAUGUAUUAGCAACAAUGAUGAUGCUUGUUCCUUUUAGACAAAGCAAACCAAUUCGGAUGACAACGGCAAUACUGUUUAUUUCGUAAUGUAAAAUGACAAGCAAAAUGCUAAAGGUAAACAUGUAGUAGAACAAUUAAAAUGACUUCAGGAAGUGCAUUAGAAUCACACAAGCGUUUUAAAAUCCUGUGUUCUCACUGACUAGCACAAAAUCAGUUUGAAGCCACCAGCUCACUGUCAUUUUAUAUUAAAGAGAAAUGAAGAAUG